AUGCCUAUGUCGUUAUUAUCGCUGCAGAGCUUAACACAGACCGGAACGUGGCAGCAGAAUUGUCUUCUACGCGACCGCCACUGCUGUAUAGUGUCUCGCAAAUUCGAUAGAGCAGCAGCCAGAAAGUGUUUCGAGGAGAAUGCGGAAUUUUGUGCUGAUGAUGACGGGAACCUAUUGAAGGAUGAGUCUAGCGAUCAAUUUCAAUACUUGGAGGUUGCCCAAAUUCUCCCUUAUUGUCUGACGACAGUAGCUUCUGGUGAAACCGAUUUGAGUGAUUCAAAGAAAAGUGCUCUUCGGAUCUUGGACAUGUUCGAUCCUGGAAUAAUCCAUCUUAUUGAUGGUCCCAUGAACGCCCUCACUCUAACGCUAGACUACCACCGGCUAUUCGGCGAAUUUAAAAUCUAUUUCGAACAUACUGGCACACAAUAUCAGUACAGGAUUGACUCUACAGAACGCAGUCCUUUCUUACGUGACCCCUUGUUUCCCGUCACACGAUCGCUUAGCCUAAGUCCUUAUCACACGGUAGAUCUACCAUCCCCCCGGCUUCUCGAUAUCCACCGCGCCAUUGCACUUAUUAUGGAACUUAGCGGCGCUGGCGAAUAUACUGAGCGGGUCCUUCGUGAUAUGGAGGAGCUGGAUGUCAGAGAAGACAGAUCGACACAUUUGGGAUAUCUUACAGGCUUACGACUUGGCGGGUGGUUAGAUACCCUGUCAUUGCAUUAG